GCCAGCAAGCUCUUAGCAUCAUACACAAAUUUCUCUUUCCCUCUCUCUCUCUCUUUCUCUCGCUCUCUCUCUCUCUCUCUCUCUCCUCUCUAUUCUCUAUCGUUUUUCUCUCUGCAUUACACUCUCAUUCUCUCCCUCUCGCUGUCUCAUCCCUUUUCUCUCUCUCUCUCUCUUUCUUCUUCUUCUUCUUCUCUCUCUCUCUCUCUCUCUCUCUCUCUGUGGAUAUCGCGAAAUUCGCGAUAAUAUGGAAUCAGUCGAGUCAGUAGAGCCGGCCGGAUCGUAACGAGAAGACUCGUCGAAGAAGCGAGAUUCCCGUUUCAUCGGGCCCGUUCACCACCGGCUAUACUUUAAACCGCGAUCGCGUGUCACAGAAGCACAACACUUCCACAACAACAACAACAACAACAACAACAAUAACAACAACAGCAACAAAAAACGAUAAAAUGGGAUUUUUCAUCAAUCGGAGAAACAGAUUAAUGAUAUAAUCACGAUAAAACGAAACGCCACCGAUUUGCCCAUUUUUAUUUCUAAAGCUUCGAUUCCUUUUUAUCCUUUUCAAAUCCUUUUUCUUUCGGCCCGAUCUCACGAAAAAUACUCUGAGAUCGGGAUACCGUGGCUCUCCGAUCGAUCCCAAACGAGCUGUUGAAUCGCGCGCAUCACGAUUGCCGAUUUGUUUAUUACUCGUUGUUGUUUUAUCUGUGAACAUAAUUUUGUGUGCGCGACCGAAUAUUAUAAAGAGCCGAACUCAAGAGAUUUCAUUGUUACUGGGGCUAAUAAAGUAAGAGCACAAAAAAACAUGGUUUACCACAAGAUCGGGAUAAAUCUGACGAAUUUUUUACACCGUCGGAUAAAUCGGUGCGUGACAGUGCCACGAUAAUGAUACUAAAAUAACUUACGAUCCAAACGCAAGUACGAAAAAGAAGGAGAAUAGUGCGAGUGAGUGUGUGGAUUUUUUGCCUUUUCUUUUUUAUUACAUUUUCCUGCCGCUGUUGCGAGAGUCGAUUUCAUCGAGGAAAGAAAAAAACGUCUCGAUUGUUUACGAGCUAUUAAGGCGACGAGCAGUGGCACGUGUUAACUCAUCCAGUGGAAGAACGAACAAUUGUUAAGAAUUGGCGACAGCAGGUGGAGCGAGAGAAAGAGAGAAUAAGAGAGAGAGAGAGGAAAAGAGGAUCGAGACUGCGAUUUUCGUUCUCAUCGAAUCGGCGUGAAUCGCGGUGAAAGAUCGUGGGAAAUGGUAAUCGUUGCUCACAUUCGUUCGAGUGUCUCGAUACUAAUUCUGCCAUCACAUCUGCGAACUCUUCUCGUAUCCUCGAUAAAAAGUCUCCUCCGUAGCAUCAUUAUCGAGCGAGAAUAGUCAAAAGCUGCGAUCUCGAAAGGAGCACCAAACAAUAUCGAGAAAUAAUCGAGAUUACAAAAGCACUGGGAUCGAGAAUCAAACGAUUUUUCACGUCUAGCGUUUUGUCCCUGCGAACCAGGACGUUGGUAUUCUCAAGCGAGUGAGAGACAGAGAGAGCGAGAGAAAGAGAGAAGCGAGAAAAGGAUUCGGUAGGGAGUCGUCGAAGGUGGGCGGGAGGGAGGUAGGAGGCUCGCGGUGUGAGAAGCGAAGUUAGGGGAAGAAGAAACUGGCAGUGAGUGGCGCGGAGCUCAAAGACGUCAGAAGAUCCCUCGGAAGCGGAGGAGGACAACGACACCGAGGGGGUUGUAAAGCUACCAAGCCGGCGAGACGCUCGUGACUAAUACAAAUCGUACAAAGCCUCAAAAGUUGCUCGCAGAUUAAGGGUUAUUUAGAGGAGAAGGAGGAGGAGGAGGAGAAAACGACGACGACGACGACGACGACGACGAAGAAGAAGAAGAAGAAGAAGAAGAAAAAGGAGGAGGAGGAGGAGAAAGAAGAGUAGAGAGAGAGGGAGAGAGACAGAGAGAGAGAGAGACAAAAGAUAAAGAAGAGAUAGAAAGCGAGGAAGCGGGAGGAAGAAAAAAGUGGAAGAAGAGAGAUAAGUCGAAGAGGCGGAUGAGGAGGAGGAGGAGGAUAAAGGAGAGCAAAAUUAUAGAUGAAGAAACCAACGAAAUUCGCUGCCCGAUGCUUACGUGUGAUCAUUAAUUGAUAACAGUGAUACCGAAAAAAUAAUAAUUCGUUAUAAAAUCAUUAAAUAAUCAAAGACAUUUAGUCGAAUUUAAUAUACUUUCGCUCGAAUUGAAAUACCGAAGAAAUUCACUGCCGAAAUGAUAACGAGGGCUAUCGUUUGCCUGUCGUUGGUACUCGUGGGUGCCUUCGACGCACCUUACGGUACCGAUGGCAAAUCUUCGACUUCGAAAAGUCGCAUGCUCGCUCUCGCGAGUCACGGAUGCAACGCGUGUCGUAUGCACGAAGAAAUUCGCGCCAUGAGCCUGGAGGCUAUAAAAGAACAAAUUUUGAAUAAACUCGGGCUGAAACAAGCGCCGAAUAUGACCGGUCGAGCUCUGCCACGAAUACCCCCGAUCUCGAAACUCAUGGACAUGUACGGCAUGCAGGCCGACCAGCCGCAACCCGUUGAACCGGGGAUAACGCACCACGAUGAAAUUGACGAGUUUUCUGCUAAAACCGAAACCGUAUUUGCCCUCGCUCAACCACAUCAACGGCUGAGGCAUUCGAAGGGCAGUUCGGACGUGCUGUAUUUCAAGUUUUCGGAUAAGAUUGUACAGCACCGUGUCACAAAAGCGGAAUUGUCGCUGUGGAUAUGGGGAACCGGGGACGAGGAAUCGAGUUCGGAGGAAGACGAGCAGCACGGCGAGGAAGAGGAAGACGGCGAGGAGGAGCGUCCCGAAAGUUCCGGUAAUUCGGGUCCCGUUACAAUAACGUUGCAGCGAAUAUUACGGGGCACAACGGAGUCGGGUGGUCCAGCAUUGGGGCCGCCUUUAACGACGAAGCACCCGCGGCCGAUCGGGCGGCGCGGGGCUUGGAUCACGAUCGAAUUGCGGCGCAUGGUCGCCGAGUGGUUCAAGCAUCCGCGGGACAACCUCGGCGUCGCUCUCAAAAUCGUCGACGACCAAGGUAGCCUCAACGCUAACACGAACAACCACCGGAGGAACUCUUGGCUCGUCGAGACUAAUCCGGGAGCGGAGUACGCUCCGUAUCUCGAAGUCCAGACGCAAGAGCUCGAUUCCCGACGGGGAUCGAGAAUAAAACGCAACGUGGGCCUCAACUGCGACAUCGCGAGCCAGGAAAAACGAUGCUGUCGGUACAAACUCACCGUCGAUUUUGAAAAAUUCGGAUGGGAUUGGAUCAUCGCACCCAAAAAAUACGACGCUAAUUACUGCACGGGCGAUUGUCCGAUGGCUUUUUUGCCAGCUUAUCCGAACACGCACAUAGUGAGCCUGGCAGAGCCACCGAACAACACGGGUCCGUGCUGCGCUCCGAGAAAGCUCAGCGAGAUAACGAUGCUGUAUUUUGAUAACGAAUACCAAAUCGUAUUUUCACGGCUUCCCGGUAUGGUGGUCGAGAGAUGCGGCUGCUCAUAGUCGUUAGCACCUUGUAAAAAGAGGAAAAACAAAACGAUAACUAAAAACAAAAGAGUUUUUCUCCAAAAUGAUCUUUUGCCCGUCCAUUACAAAUUUAUCAUCGUCUCCAAGCUUGUAAAUGAAAAUUUCUCAUCAUUUUAUAUUCCCAUUUUUUUAUUAUAACAUUUUCAUCCGUCUCGCAUUAUUAUUAUUAUUAUUAUUAUUAUUAACAUUACUAUUAUUAUUAAUAUUAUAAUAGAGCCUUUUUUCUUAUUUUUAUCUCAUUUCAUCGUCAAGCCAAUUGGUCCUUUUGUCUUCUCGUCCCUCGAUUAAAACAUUACGUGAUACUAAAAUUAUAUUAGGCCAUAGUACGAAAUAAAUUUUUGCACGCGCAAAAGGGGGUAAGAAAAAGAGAAAUAGAGAGACAGAGAGAGAGAGAGAGAGUGGACAAUCGAGUGGGGGGUGAGUAUUCAUUAUCUUGCACUUUCGGGAGUACGAGGUUGCUUCUAGCAAUAGAAAAUCGAUUUUUUUAUUUACAUUUCACAAAUGUUUCAUAACGUUUGCUCGUUAAAUCGCUGUUUCUGGGCCUUCUACUGAUUCCCCCCCGGUUCCCGAUCAUCGCAAAUAUUCCUUCAUCUUUUCAGUCCUUUCUUUAUUUAUUCGCUUCAAUGCGAACGAUGUUAAAAUUCUCUAUUCCGAGAAUGAACAUCUCCGUUUGUUUCAGCUGUGAUAUACAUACUUAAUCCUCAAACCGAAUCGUUUAUUUGCACACAAAUCGAAUGCAUGAAUUUUCUCUUUUUUAAUCUCUGUCUCUCUGCGCUCACAUAAAAAUUUCAUUUCCUCUCAGUGAUUUUCGUAUUAAUAGUUAAACAGAUAUAAAGUAAACGAGAGUGAUGCGUUCCGGUGAAAUAAUUCAGUGUUAAUGCAAGUGAAAUAUUCCAUAAAAAAAUAGGCACAUAGCACGACGAGUUUAUUGAAUUUUCAACCGUUUUGCUUGUGUGAUAAUGAAAACGAUUCGCCACCGUCUUGUUUUUCCAUUUGCGUUAAUACAACGAAAGUAUAGGUAUCGCGUACUCCCUGAGGAAUAAAUCUAAUGCGUUUGGGUGGGGUUUUUGGGCUUGGGUCGAUUCGCUGAAGCGGGACAGUUCCUAGCGUCGCGGUAUUAUUUAUAAGGCGCCAUCGCGUUUCUUUUCUUUCGCACGAAUGAGCGUAUCGGGGCAGGAGCAAAAUUUAAUUGAGCGAGUGAGCGAAAAAACACUAAAGAAACUAACGCGCAACCACAAUUACCAGCAUCCUUCCAACCGAGAUGGGAGCAGUGAGAUAAGAAAACAACAUCGACUAAAAAGUUAAGAAACCGAAGAAAUAAUAAUCUCAUUUGCAUUAUAAUUGUGUGCAAUUAGAAAAUAAUUAUCAAUCAUUUGGAUCCCCGUGAUCGGUAUGAAUAUUUUACAAAUCGUUGCUCGUUGCUUAUCCUCGUUUAUCCGCGCACCUCAUUACUCAUCAUUACGAUCUACUACUAUAUUUAGCUCUGUAAUAUUUCGUCGUUUCGCUCGCAAUUAUCGUUCAUCGCGCGUCAUUUAUUAGCCUCUAUCCUCACUUUGUUUCUUCCUCUUCUUCGUCUUUCCUUCUAUUUUAUAUCCUCAUCUUACAUCGAACGUAAGUCUGUCACAUCGAGAUGUGUACGAGGCGUGGGUGUUUGUGUAUAUAUACAUAAAAUUAAAUGAAACUUACCAUAAGAAUAUAUUAACGAUAAUUUUAAUAUGAACAACAUUAUUGAUACGAAUAACAACAAAAUUCUUGAAUAAACAAUCUGUAGAAACCGCGCACACGUGUCCAUAUUAUUAUUAUUAUUAUUAUUGUGAAAAAGAGGAAGAAAAAAACAAAAAAAAAAACACACCACCACGAGAGAACGAACUUUUGCAAGCGUCUUGACCGUGACACGUGUAGCGGCUUCAUUUGCUUCUCGUUGCGCAACGGAAAAUAAAAAAGGAAAAAGACAAAAAAAAUGCAAAAAAAAAAAAACGUAGAGAUACAUCUGAUAGCGGAGACAAUGAGUUGCGGUAAUUAUAUUCGAGAUUGUUUUCUUUUUUUUUUUUCUUCAUUUUUUUUUGUUUUUUAAUUUCUUUUCGAACUUGUAGAUACACCAAAUUAUAACAGUACAACAGUAGCGUAGCGGAGAUUAAUAAUCGGUAAAUCCUCAUUCGCUAUGUUAAUAUUAACGAUAGUUUAAAGAAACAAUGUAUGAUACAAUGAGCAUCAGCACGAAUGUACGGACAGGGCAAUGAGCGUUAUAAGAAAGUAUUUAAAAAAUUGUGAAACUAUAAUGAAAUUUCUGGGUGGAUCGAAGCGCACGUGAACUUUGUUUCCGAACACGUUCGGAAGCCCAAUCGUCAUACUUUGACAGCAGCAAUGACAGCAGUCUUUUUGCCUGAGAGUGCCGAUGGCGUAUUUUUUGCGUGAAUUUUCUCAGCACACGAAUAACGAACGAACGAGUCUCCGAGGAUUUUGUUUUUUCCGAUCGCGGUGCGUGCUCGGCUCGGGAUGAAAAAUCGAAGAAUGAAGAAUUGAAAGUGUGGCGGGCAUGCGAAGCUCUGCGUAAUCGGAGAAUACAUGUGAACGGUGGAUCGAGACAUGUCGAGAGAGAGAGAGAGAGAGAGAGAGUGCGAGAGAGAAAGAGAGUAUUUUGAAAAUUGGCCGAUUUCGGACAGGCCUCACAUACGAUGUAAAAUGUACUAUAUAAUAUAUGUGUGUGUGUGUAAUAUAUAAUACAUAUUUGUACUAUAUAUAUACAAUAUUAGUAGCGGAAAAUAUGGCGCGACCUUCGUGUGUGAUCAUUUGUAUAAUUUAUAUAUUAAAAGAGGAUGGAGUAAAAAGGGGGGAAGAAUGCGAGCAAACGCGUACACGCAUAACUCUGAGAACUAAUCGAAUUUCAAACGAUUCGAGCAAUGAAAUUUGUAUCGAUGCGCGAUUAACGUACGUUUUUGUCCCUGCGAUUACGUAUUUUCUCGAAGAACUUUUCAGUUAUAACGAGAGCUUCGAUCCUUCCCAAUCCGAACUGAGGGGAAAAUAGCGUCGAUAACACGUAAGAUUCACAUUAAUUCGCGUACAGUUUAAAGGAAUAAAUAAGAAAAAUAAAGGGUCUACGACGUGGACGAUACCCGCCGA